UGGAUUAAAGAUGCAGGAAGUAACACCCAAAUUGUAAUUGUCCAGAGAUGUCAAAAGGGAAAAUUUCUAUAUUUCGAAAAAAGAUGCUUCAAGCUGUAGCUUGAAAGGGUGCAUCAUGUUUGGUCAUUUUCCGUGUGCCCGCCUAAGCUGCUAGCUUAGCCCAGAGUCUUUGGACGGGUAAGAAAGUAAAGGAAAAGGGCCAAAGUCUUUCUUCUUCUUGCUCUUGUUCAUCUUCUUGAUAUGGUCAUUGGCUACUUGCAGCUGGCCUUUGUAAUCAUGAGCCCGUGUGUCAUCAUUGCUUUGAAUAGCCCUUUUAUUUCCGCCCUUCUAUCCUCCUUUCUCACCAAGGCAAUCAUCACACGGACAUCAAGCAGCCAGCCAUGCUUCGUCUCCCUAUAUAAUUCAUCUGCAUUCAGUUUCAACUCAUCUAACAAGAAGUAAAAAUUAUCCCACUUGGUUUCUUUUACUGUCGACUUUCACUUUCUUUUCUCUACUAGAGGGUUGCUGGCUGCUGCAUCGCAUUUGAAAAAAAAAAAAUCAUGUCUUCUAGCCUGUCGAAUUUGGAAUUAUUUCAUGAUCCCUCUUAUCCAACCUUAUCAGGGAGAUUCCGCUCAAUGAGGCCUAAGGUUCUUGUUCACAGGCUAAAUAGGAGUUGGAAGUUGUCGAAGAAAGUAAAAGAAAUAACCAGGGCCGGGAAGUUGAAGAGAGAAAUGCAAGUCAAGAACAUGAAGCUGUACGUGAUGAACAAAAUCAUUGUUGAAGAAAAUGAAAGACUUCGGAGGAAAGCUAUGACUCUUCUUCAAGAGAACAAGAUUUUGCUGGCUCAGUUUCAGAAGCUUCCUCAUCCAGAUAGUAACACCAUCAAAUACUAGAUACGUUAUAGCAAUAGCCAAUUAGUAUAUGCUAUCUUCUUACAGUUAACAUGUUAUCUGAAGAAGACGGACUUAUAUAGACUUUAUUCUUUAGUCCUAUUGAUACAAAAACUUAAUUUCAUUCCCCUCUUGUUUUCCUCAUUUUGGUUUCCUUAUGAGAGAUUGCAUUUUGUUCAUUCCACUGUAGUCGUAGUCUGUCAAGAGGUGCAGUAGGACUACUUGCAUGAGUCCCCAUGCAUGGUUUCAAAUUCUGAAUGUUCCUCCAAAACUGCCUUUCUAUUUAAAAAAUUCUAAUUCAAUUAAGAAGAUAACUUUGGUAAAA